AUGGAUGUGUCUCACCUGUAUCUGCGGGCUGUCAUCACCUUCGGAGUGUUUUCUCUAUCCCUGACCCCGGCGGCACUAGAGAAUUAUAAUGAAGAUAGUUAUUCAGAAGACGAAAAUGAAACAGGAGUUUUGCAAAAUGCAGAUGCCAUUGCCGGUUCAAUAAACAGUGAAAGUAUUGGUGUUUCAGAGACAGUUCAGUACAAGACUGCUGAAAUUGCAGAUGCGAUGCAGAGUUCAGACAUUCAAACGGACCCAGCAGUGCUGUUUUCUAUGGUGCCAAAGGAUUGGAAGAACAAAGUUGUCAUGGAAACAUCUGAUGCUGAAAGCCAGAAAGCUGAAGGAGAGUGCAGCACCAAUGAAUGUCCAGAUAGCACUUCAGAUGCCCAAAUGAAAACAAAAAUGCAAAAUACUGAAUCAGAUGCAUCAAAUACAAAACAGAUAAAAACAGAUGACUCGAACAGUACAGACGGAAAUAAACCUCUAAAAGUAAACUGCGUGGAGCGCAAUAUCACUGGAAUGGACAAUUUUACUUUGCAGGUCCUCAAUGCUUCACAGGACCUUAUGGAGUUGCUUAAUCCCAACAGCAGUGAAUGCACCAUGGUCUUGUUUUUCACUCCAUGGUGCCUCUUUUCUGCUGCUUUGGCGCCUCAUUUUAAUGCUUUACCUAGAGCAUUCCCAACGUUGCAUUUUUUGGCACUGGAUGCUUCUCAACACAGCAGUCUGUCCACUAGGUUUGGUACUGUUGCUGUUCCAAAUAUGCUGCUGUUUCAAGGUGCUAAACCAAUGGCGAGGUUUAAUCACACAGAACGAACACUGGAGCCUUUCAAGGCUUUUAUAUUCAACCAGUCAGGAAUUGAAGCAAAGCCUGAUGUCACGGUAACAGAAGCAGACUAUGAAGGACCAUUGCCCUGCACUCCCCAAACAGGAAUUGACUGGCUUCUAGUGUUUUCUGUUCUCUAUGUGACGGCUUUUGUAAUCUAUGCCACCAUGCAGACAGACAGAAUUCGUUGGCUUGUACCUGGCCAAGAACACGAACACCAGGAGUGAAUUUAUCAGAAGCUUAAAACUUGGUUAAACUCUACAUUGCUGGGUCAGGUGUCCAUGUACAGGUGUACAUGACAGUUGAAGGCCUUGCCAGUUGCUAAACA